AUGAUGGAUGAUGGCGACGUAGCGGAGCGGCCUAGGCCGGGGCCUGACUCACCGGGACCAGCGUCGAGGCCGGGCCGCCGGGUGGUGAUCGUGGGCGGCGGCCUGGCGGGGCUGGGCGCGGCGCGGCGCCUGGCGGAGCGCGGUCUGGGCCCCGGGCGCGUGCCCGUGCGGGUUCGCGUGCUCGAGGCGCGGGAGCGGCGCGGCGGCCGCGUGUGGAGCCGCCCCUUCGGAAAAGGUUUGAUUGACAUGGGAGCACAGUGGAUCCAUGGCCCCUCGAAGCAGAAUGCAGUCUUUCAGUUGGCCAGCCAGCACCAUCUUCUGGAUGAGGCAGCUAUGUCAGAGGAGAAUCAGGCUGUGGAAUUAAAUGCACAACUCCUCGCUAUGUCAGUCUGUUUCACCAGCUCGGGGAAGAUAAUAGACCCCGAGGUAUCUGCCUCUGUGGAAGAAUUGUUUUCAUCGCUUAUGUUCAAGAGCAAAGAGUACUUCCAGGCAGCGACAGAACCCGUACGGAGUUUGGGUGAAUUUCUCAAGAAUGAAAUUGCUCAGUGUGCGGAAGAAUGGAAAAACGAUGCGGAAAUGUGCAAUCUCAAACUUGCACUGCUCAAUGUGGAAUUCAAGAUAGAGUGCUGUAUAUGUGGGACCCACAGCCUGGAUUUAGUGGCACUCCACCCUUUCGGAGAGUACAUAUCCUUACCUGGAAUUGAUUGCACCUUUCCAAGUGGAUUUAAGAGCCUCAUUGAUGAAAUGACUAAAUCGCUGCCAAAGGACAUUGUGUCAUUCAACAUGCCAGUUAAAUGCAUUCAUUGGAACGGAUCCUUGAAAACACCAGAGGCACUGGAACGCGCUCACUCUGUUCUGGUGGAAUGUGAAAACGGCGAGAUUAUACCAGCUGAUCAUGUUAUAGUCACUGUUCCUUUAGGUUUCCUUAAGGAGCAUCAUAAAACUUUCUUCGACCCACAACUUCCCAUCAGCAAAAUCAAAUCUAUUGAGAAAAUUGGCUUUGGAACAAGUAACAAAAUCUUCCUUGAAUUUGAGGAGCCGUUUUGGGAACCACAAUAUGAUUUGAUCAAGCUGGUCUGGGAGGAUGAGUCUCCAUUGAAUGAGAGAGCAGAUCUACAGACAACAUGGUUCAGGAAGAUAUUAGGUUUUAUCGUCCUCCCUGCAGCAAGGCAUGGCCACGUCCUCUUAGCUGUGCUUGCUGGGCAGGAAGCCAUCUUUAUGGAGCAGUUAUCUGAUUCUGAAGUUAAAGAUUGUUUGACACAAGUCAUACGCCAAUUUACAGGAAACCCAUCACUGCCUCCACCAAAGAAUAUAUUACGAACAAAAUGGCACAGCGAUCGGUUCACAAAGGGAUCCUACAGUUACACCGAGGUUGGCAGUUCAGGUGAUGAUAUUGAUAUCAUUGCUCAACCUCUCCCAUCAGAACCUGCAAAGGCACAGCCUCUGCAGGUGCUUUUUGCUGGUGAAGCCACUCAUCGGACAUUUUAUUCGACCACUCAUGGUGCUCUGGAAUCAGGAUGGAGGGAAGCAGAUCGCCUGAGAGACUACUAUUUGCAUCACACCUCCGGCAAUCCAAAACUAUAAAACGUCAUUGUUCGUUAUAAAAGUGCACUUAGCAUAUCUAUCUAUAAAUAAUUAAACCGCUUAUAUCGUGCAAAUCUACAACCUAUACUCAAACUUCAGGGUAAAAUGAUUAUUGAAUGUUCUCUGUAUUAUGUUGCUGCAUCUGAAAAACUAUUCUUAGAAAUAAAUUGUUGAAAGUGACACCGGAUAAAGAUAUUUAAAGAACAACGGAUUUUCCAUUGAAGGGUCUAUGGCCAGAGUGAGUCCCACCGCAAAUUGGAGGAGCAGCAACUCGUAUUUCGCUUGGGUAGUUUACAUCCCUGCGGUAUGAACAUUGACUUCUCCAAUUUCAGGUAGUCCUUGCUUUCUCCCGCCUUCCCCUCCCCUUCCCAG